AUGUCUAUCUAUCUAUCUAUCUAUAUAUAUAUACAUAUCUAUCUAUCUAUCUGUCUAUCUAUCUAUCUAUCUAUCUAUCUAUAUCUAUAUCUAUCUAUCUAUCUAUAUAUAGAUAGAUUUAAUUUAAAUAAUUAUAUUGAAAAUAUCGCAUUAUCUAUCUAUCUAUCUAUCUAUCUAUCUAUCUCAUUCUGUUCAUAUCUAUCUAUCUAUCUAUCUAUCUAUCUAUAUAUCUAUCUAUCUAUCUAUCUAUCUAUCUAUCUAUCUAUCUAUCUCAUUCUGUUCAUAUCUAUCUAUCUAUCUAUCUAUCUAUCUAUCUAUCUCAUUCUGUUCAUAUCUAUCUAUCUAUCUAUCUAUCUAUCUAUCUAUCUAUCUAUCUAUCUAUCUAUGAAAUGGACAAAAAUGUAUAAAUAUAAAAAUGUCUUAAAACUAUCUAUCUAUCUAUCUAUCUAUCUAUCUAUCUAUCUAUCUGUAUUUACCCAAAUCCACACCACAAGGCCGCACAAGCGCUCGUCUAGUUUGUCUUUUUUUUUUUUAAUUAAUAUUUUCCCUUUUCAUUCUGGCUUUUCGGUUUUAUUUUUAUUUUUAAAUUUUUCUCCUUUUAACUUCCCUUUUUCUAAUACAUUUUUACGUGCUUCUUUCUUUCUAUCUUUCUUUUCUCUUGUUUUUCUUUUGUCUUUCUUUCCGUCUUUCAUUACUUUUUCCAGUUUCCUUCUUUCUCUUCUGUUUUCUUCAUUAAUUCUUUAUUCUUUGUCGUUCACCCAUCUUCUGUUUACUUAUUCAUAUUACUUUGCUUCAUUUUUAUUACAUUUGCUCAUUCUUGCCUCUACUUUCUUUAUUGCCUUCUUCCCUUCUCUCUCUAAACACACCUCUUUCUUCCUUGUUUUCAGUUUCCUUCUUCUCGUCUUCCCCUUCACUUUCCCUCUUUCUUCCUUGUUUUCAGUUUCCUUCUUCUCGUCUUCCCCUUCCCUUCUUCUCGUCUUCCCCUUCCCUUCCCUCUUUCUUCCUUGCUUUCAUUUUCUUCUCUUAUUUGCCUUUACUUUUGAUUCGCUUUUUUUAUUCGUUUACAUUUUCUCAAUUGCUUUUACUUGCUUGUUUGCCUGCUCGAUUUAUCGUCUUUCUUUUCUCUUCUUUUCUCUCUCUCUCUCUUUUCUCCUUCUUCCAUUAUUUUUACAAACCAACUACUUAUCUCUUGCUGCCGUCAUCAUCAUCAUCGUUAUUAUUAUAAUUAUUAUUAUUAUUAUUAUUAUUCAGAAUGAGAAGACAUUAUAA